AUGCAUGAUUUGGUUCGUGAGCUUGCAAGAUUAGUUGCGGGUGACGAAGUUAUUGCCUUUGACACUAGGCAGCAAAAUCCUCCUACAAAUAUAGACUACUGUCGAUACAUGUUGCUCUCAAACUUAUGUGACUCAUCCCCAUCUUAUUGGUCUAUUCCUAGCACAGGAAGAGCUCUUCAUUUUAAGGAGUGCAGCAUUGUUCAGACUACUUUAAAGUCUCUGAUGGGGGCUGAAUUCUUACGUGUGCUUGAUUUGAGUGCAUGUACUAUUUCCGAGCUACCUGCUUCUUUAGGCAAUUUGAGACUCUUGAAGUUCUUAAAUAUAUCUGGAAUGCAAACUGGUCUGCUGCCUAAGUCCUUGAGCUCAUUGCAUGGUUUACAAGCAUUGAACCUUUCUGAAAAUACCUGCCUUGUUGAACUUCCCAGUUACAUUUCUGAAUUUGUAAACCUACAAUAUUUGGAUCUACAUGGCUGCUCAAAUCUUAAAGAGCUUCCACAGGACAUUCAUAAACUUGAAGAGCUACUACACCUGAACGUAUCAAGAUGUGGUAGCCUACAAUCACUGCCUGAAGAGUUUGGGGAUCUCCGGAAACUUGCAUUCCUCGACCUUUCGUAUUGUUCUCAGCUUCAAACGCUGCCUUCAAACUUUGGUGGCCUUCAGAAUCUUUCGUUUCUCAAUCUAUUGCACUGUUACAAACUUUGUGAGCUGCCUGAUUAUUUCAUUUACCUUGCAAAUAUGAUACAUCUAAAUAUGUCCUUCUGCCACAAGUUGAAACUACUGCCUAGUGGGUUAUUUAAGUAUAUGAAGAAGCUUCUGGUUUUGAAUUUGUCUGGUUGUACCUCUCUUGAAGUUCUUCCUGAAUUGUGCUGGAAUGAUGCUGGCUGCCUGAUGUUGGAGAUUUUGGACUUAUCAGAUUGUACUAAUCUGGCUGCCCUUCCGAAUUCCUGUACCAGUCUUUGUGAGCUCCGGUGUUUAAAUCUAUCAGGUUGUUCUCGAAUUGAGAACUUCCUAAAUUUGAUACCGCACUGGAAAUUUGGUAAGUUGGAGUACCUAGAUCUCUCCGAGGUCGGUGCAAAAGCUUAUUCUGAAGAUCCAGGAACCUCUGCAGGAAAUUUAGAGAGUUCAGAAGACCCUAAUAGAGAGCUAGAGUUAGGUAUGCUGCAAGAGGAUAUCGUCACCCAACGUUUGGUUUGUCUUAAAUACCUGUCAGUUGGAGGGUUCACGCUCUUCUCAGAACAAGGCAUUGCAAGCUUGGUAGACCUUCUAACCUUGCCCAACUUUGAUGUACGUACACAGCCCGGUGACAACCACAGCAAUAUUAUGCUUCUCCAUCACAUCCUGGAUCUCACACAACAUCAGCUAAACAUCAAAUGCCUUGAGAAUGUGGUUUCACCAGAGGAAGCAAAGCAAGUGGAACUGGGCAGGAAGCAACAACUUCAUUUCUUGAGUCUUGAAUGGUCCUAUACAGGAUCUUCUAUUGAGGGUGAGCAUCAAGCUCAGGCCAAGGCAGUGCUGGAACAUUUGAGGCCCCAUCAAAAUUUAAGGCGCCUCUCUAUAAAAGGCUACAAUGGUGACGGAUUUCCCAAAUGGAUUAAUGAGAUAAGUGAUACACUUCCGUAUCUGGUGAAAAUUGUAUUCUCCGAAUUCAAUGGAUGUGAUCAUAUUCCUACACUGGGACAUUUACCAAAUCUACAGGAACUGGAAAUUAAUAAUAUGCCCCUGCUUCAUCAUGUGGAAAUUGUAUCAUGCAAGAAGCUAAGAAAAUUGACAUUGGUUAGACUGCGAGUCAACGCCACUAUACAUAUAUUUUAUGAUGACAACACACAAGCACAAGUCAAUGAGGUGGGAUUAAUUCAUAACCGUGAUGAGGAAGAGAUAGAAACAGGAAAGGAGAUUGACAAAUUACCCCCUUCUCUUCCUGUAGGUAAACCAGUGAAAAGAAAGGGUAAGUGUUUUCUGAAACUGAAAGCUCUAUGGCAUGGCAUGUCGAGAGAAAUAAAGAGAACGCAGGACAUUGGUUCUGGAAAUGGCUCAUCGGCAGUUACAAGCAGGCCGGCACUACCCCCAGGCCCAUCUAAUGAAGAAAGAAGAGAACAACCAGCAGUCCCUGUCCUUGAUUAUUUGAAAAUAGAAAGCUGCGAGCAACUAAAACUCUUUCCAUAUGCCCCACUGUGUAAAGAGUACUUCAUCAAGGGUAGCAGCCCCAGCCUUGGUCUAGAUAUGCAUGGUAUGUUGCAUUGGACUCCCACAUUCAAAUCAAAAAUUUGUAUUAAUGGGUGUUCACUAGAUGACGUUGAGCAAUGGAUGGAAGUUAUAGAGGAAAUGGAGUUCUCUCGGGGAAGGUACGGACGGGGGUUCCAUUUCAACGAGGAAAUGGAGGAACAUGGGUCUCUUUCCAGAAGGUAUGGGUAUGGACAGGAGUUCCGUUCCAGGACGUGCAAAAAGGAGUCUGGUUCUGGAACCCUUCGGAAACUCAAGAUAACAGACUGCGAAAGUUGUCAUAUUCGGAUUCCUCGACUGUUGCUUCUAUUCACAUCUCUAGAGGAGCUAGAAUUGGAUGGCUUGAACACCAUUGAUAAUAACUUGGAGUCAACUCUGUGCAAAAUGACCAGAUUGGAAAAACUGACUAUACCGUUUCUUGAACUUCCACCAGAAGAAGAAACAAAAAACAUUAUUCAAACACUUUCCAUUCAUCAUAUUCCAUAUGUCAAUACAAGAGAGAAGGUUUAG